AUGGAAAGACAAGGGUUCAAUUCGAUGCUGUUUACUAGAGGUAUGCUGUUUACUAGAGGUUUAGAAUACAGGUGUGGUUUAAGUAAAUCAAUAGAUAGUUUUGGUAUAGAUAGUUUUGGUCCUAUUGAUGAAAAUAACGGUGGAGACCCAUCUAGUUUAACUGAUAUGCAUAAUAACAUUCAUAGCUGGAAGAACAAUAGUGAAAAUUGUAGUUAUAGUCAUGGUCAUGCUGACUAUUCAGCAGAUGUGAACAACAUACAUAAUCAUAAUUUGCUAUUUGCAAAAAGUCUAUCCGUUUGGGAUAGUCAUAAUAAUAGUUAUGACAUAUAUUAUGCUUAUAAUGAUGAUAGUUGGACUUAUAACAUGAAUUGUUGCAUUUGGAAUUAUCUUCGUUCUCAAAUCUGGGAGGAUAUUGACAAAUCCAUUAAUUGUUGCAUUUGGAAUUAUCUUCGUUCUCAAAUCUGGGAGGAUAUUGACAAAUCCAAUGCCAGUUACCGUGAUAUGGACUUUAAGAGUUACAUUUGCGAUAGGGGCCAAAAUACUAGUGAAAGCCAUAGUACAAAUAUAAUAAUAUUAAGGAACACAAAUGCUAGAAAUCAGACAGCAGAUCCAGAUGAUGCAGAUAUAUCUGAUGGAUCAGAUAUAUCAGAUCCAUUGGAGAUAGAUCUAUCUGAUCCAUCCGAUACAGAUUAUCGAUACGAUCCAUUUGCUGAUACAUCAGAUAUAUCAGAUCCAUUGGAGAUAGAUCAAUCUGAUCCAUCAGAUACAGAUUAUCCAUAUUAUAUAGAUGGAUCUGAUAUAUCAGAUCCAUUGGAGAUGGAUCUAUCUGAUCCAUCAGAUACAGAUUAUCCAUAUUAUAUAGAUGGAUCUGAUAUAUCAGAUCCAUUGGAGAUAGAUCUAUCUGAUCUAUCAGAUACAGAGGAGGAUCUAUAUGGUAUAUACGAUCUAGAUGAGAUCUAUUAUCUGGAUGGAUCAGAUAGAUCAGAUCCAUUGGAGACAUUGGAGACAUCAGAUCCAGAUUAUAUAAAUGAUCCGGAUGGAUCAGAUAGAUCAGAUCCAUUGGAGACAUCAGAUCUAGAUGAGAUCUAUUAUCCGGAUGGAUCAGAUAGAUCAGAUCCAUUGGAGACAUUGGAGACAUCAGAUCCAGAUUAUAUAAAUGAUCCGGAUGGAUCAGAUAGAUCAGAUCCAUUGGAGAUAUCUGAUACAUCAGAUACAGAUAUAUGUCAGAAGGAUAGUGAUGAUAAUAGCAAAAUGGAUAUGUUGGCUAAAAUGAACCAAUAUAGUCAUUUAUGGGUUCUAUGCGAAACUUGCUCUAGCUUAAAUUUUAAACAAUUUUUAGUAGCCAAACUGAGUAUUUGCGAAUACUGUGGUGAGCAUCUGAAAAUGAGAAGUUCAGAUAGAAUCGAACUUUUGAUUGAUCCAGGUACUUGGAAUCCUAUGGAUGAAGACAUGGUUUCUCUGGAUCCCAUUAAAUUUGAUUCGAUUGAAAAAAUUCCAAUUCUUCAAUGGGAUCCCAUUGCAUUCGACUUGAUUUUCGUGGAUCCUCCCGAGGAAGAGGAAGAGGAAGAAGAUCAACCUUAUAUCGAUCGUCUUGAUUCUUAUCAAGAAAAGACAGGAUUACCAGAAGCGGUUCAAACAGGCAUAGGUCAACUAAAUGGUAUUCCUUUAGCAAUAGCUGUUAUGGAUUCUGAGUUUAUCGCGGGUAGUAUGGGAUCCGUAGUGGGUGAGAAAAUAACUCGGUUGAUCGAAUAUGCUACCAAUCAACUUUUACCUCUAAUUAUAGUCUGUGCUUCCGGAGGAGCGCGUAUGCAAGAAGGAAGUUUGAGCUUAAUGCAAAUGGCUAAAAUUUCUUCUGCGUUAUAUAAUUAUCAAAUAAAUAAAAAGUUAUUUUAUGUAGCGAUACUUACAUCUCCGACUACUGGUGGGGUAACCGCUAGUUUUGCGAUGUUGGGGGAUAUCGUUAUUGCGGAACCAAACGCAACCAUUGCAUUUGCGGGUAAAAGAAUGAUUGAACAAUUGUUGAAUGUGGAAGUGCCUGAAGGUUCCCAAUCGGCGGACCUUUUAUUCGACAAGGGAGUAUUGGAUUCAGUCGUACCACGUCAUUUUUUAAAGCAGUUUUUAAUGGAGUUAUUUCAGUUCCAUGGUUUCGUUCCUUUGACUAAAAAUUUGGAAGAUUGA